CAGAGAGAAACGUCAAAGCCGCAAAUCGUCGUCGCAGUUUUCAGACGACAACCAAAUCCCGUGCUAUAAGUGAACAAACUAUAAGUUUUAAGCCAAAAAUUCCAGUGAAAAAUGUUUCGAAAACUUCCUUUUAACCUAGUCAACACACUGUCGAAGCGAAGCUUCGUAUCAAUCAACCACCCGCGGCAAAGCAGCGCAUUCAGUCCACCGGAUCCAGUCCCAUCGAGAGAAUUCCAAUCACAGAGGCAGAACGAAGAAAACCGGAAGCAACACAAAUCCCGCCACUAUCCGAUCAAAUUCAUCGCAGCCAGCUCCUUCCUGUCGUGGUUCAGCAAAAAGGACGAUGAAGAUUCGCCGGAGAACCAGCUCAUCAAAAUGAUUAAGAUGUCUAUUCUGAACAUCCAGCGGGAAGACUACCGAAAGGCCGAGCAGAUGCUUCACAUCGCACUGAAGAUGGCACAGGAUCUGCAGAGCAAGGAUGGCAUCACGUACAUCUACGAUAUCAUGGCCAACCUGGCCAUGGAAGUGGGGGAGUUUGCCAAGGCGGAGAAACUGUUUGUGAACGUGAUGCAGCGGCUGUUUGCCGACGGAUUCGUCGAAGAUCACAUUAAAAUGUUGCACAUCAGCUCAAAGAUUGCGCACAUCGCGCAGCUGCAGGGACAUCUGGACAAAGCGGUGCAAGGGUUCGAGUGGACAUUGGCCAAGCUGGAGGAAAAUCUGAAGAAAGCUGGGGAGGAUCCGGAGAUACGGGAACUGUGGGGCAUCACCAAGAACUGGUAUGCCCAGCUGCUGAUGGAGCUUAAACGGUUCACGGAAGCACGGGAUUGCUUUAGGCAGGCGUACGACGCCUACACGGAGAUUCACGGCAAACUGACGGAGGAAGGGUUGACCAUACUGAACAAUUUGAGUGUGGCAUGUUCUAAUCUAGAAGACUACGCCUCGGCGGAAAAGUAUCUCAAAGAAGCGAUCAGCUUGGCCUCGAAGAUUCCGGACCUCUCGGAGGAGGGCGUCUUCCGGGCCAACUUGGGACUGUUGUACCUUCAGCAGGGCUUGCUCGGUCAGGCGAAGGAGUUUUGCGCCUUCGCUUGGAAGUACGGCAAGCAGCAUAGUCAUGAGGAAACUGUGAUACAGGCCAACUACUGUCUGGAGCAGAUAAAGGCCAUGCAAAAGUAGGGGGAUUUGCAAUACUUGGAUGCAAAUUUAGAGAGAUUUAAAUUAGUUUGUUAACUAUAUGACUGCAUGUUGACGAGUAUUUGAUCGAUGUUUGGAAAAAUAGCUGUUUUAUGAUUCAGGGAAUAAAUUUCAAAAUGAGCACGGAUAA